AUGGCUGAUCUCACCGAGCCGUCCCCGGUACCUCCGCCGGUGACCAAUGGCGCGUUGCCUGCUGCAUUGCCUGCCGAGGACGCAGCUGGCGAGACAGUCGCCGCCAUCGCGGAGGCCGACAAGAUAUCCGCAGAUGAAAUCGCCCUCUACGACCGCCAAAUCCGCCUAUGGGGCGUCGCGGCGCAAGAGAAGAUCCGCACCGCCAACAUUCUGCUCGUCUCCAUCAAAGCCCUCGCCAACGAGGUCGCCAAGAACCUCGUCCUCGCCGGCAUAGGCUCCAUCACCCUCGCAGACCACGAAGUCGUAACCGAAGAUGAUCUGGGCGCGCAAUUCUUGAUCAGCGACGCCGAUGUAGGCAAGAACCGCGCAGAGGCAGCAUUGCCUCAGGUGCAAAAGCUCAACCCGCGCGUCACCGUCAAGACCCUCACCACCGACAUCCGCAACGAGCAGGAUCCCAACUUCUACGCCGCCUACGACAUCAUCAUAUGCACCGACAUGGACUUCCUCUCCACCUCCGCCCUCAACGCCGGUGCGCGCAUAGCACGGAAACCCUUCUACGCGGGCGCAUCACACGGCAUGUACGGCUACAUCUUCGCCGACCUGGUCGAGCACAACUUCGUUAUCGAGCGCGAGAAGAGCAAUCGCGACACGCAGGUCGGCGCUGAGAGCACAACGAGGAGCAUCAAGAGCGUCCAGGUCAAGAAGGAGAACGGAAAGGUGGUUGAGUUGGUCAACAAGCAGGAGCUCUACAGUCCGUUGAUGCUGGUCAAGGACAGCCCACUCCCUGCGGAUAUUGCAAACAACGCCAGGAGGCUGAAGAGGGUCCAUCCCUUACUCACCUGUGUACGCGCAUUGUGGGAGUACCAGCGCAUGGGCCACGGCAUCUACCCUUCGCAUACACCAACAGAUCUUCAGCUCUUCACCACCAUUGCGAACCUCAAGCACCAGGAGCUGCUACUUCCUGCAGAGUCUCUCAAAGCCGAAGUCCUCCGCAGCUUCCUUCAGAAUCUGGGUAGCGAACUGGCACCCGUCACGGCUUUCCUGGGUGGCCAGCUGGCUCAAGAUGUCAUCAACGUGCUGGGACAACGUGAACAGCCCAUUCAAAACCUCAUGCUGUUCGACGGCGAGGACAGCUCAGGACCUGUCUAUGCGCUGCAUCCUAUCUUCCCUGGAACACCGUUACCCAUCAUGUCGAGCAUGCCUGUCAACGCGCCGAUUACGAUGGUCUGA